AUGUUUGAGUUGAAAUCGAAGCCGAAAUCAGCGUUUAAGAACACUGUUUAUUUUUCCCAAGAAAGAAAAGAAGCUGAAAUUAAGGCACAAGAAGACGGCUUGAAAUCUGCAGACAAGGCUUUUCCUAAAGAGUCACGAACUCCUGCUAACGAGGCAGCGUACAAGCUAAAUUAUAAGAUGACAUGCAACGUUUCCUUUGAGCAGAAUUUUCAGCCAUUCAAUCUACUUCUGAAAUCAUUCAGAAAGUUUUACCAAACUGGUUAUUCAGAAGUCACUAAGCGUUUUGACCUGAAGGACGAAGUCUACGAAUUUUCUAGUCUAGUACAACCGAAGAAUGCCCGAAAGUUGAAUCCUGCCUCACUUGCUGAAGUUUUCAAACGUUUCCCACAAUUGAAGGAAUCUUGUGAUCCUAAUUUGGCUGACAGCGAAUGGAGGAAACACGCAAGUCUGCCCUUAUCUCACUUUGGCGUCACAGAUCGCUAUGCGUUGUAUAAUAUGAAAGUUGACGAUUAUUGGAAAGCAGUUCUCUCUACUCUAAAUCCUUGCGGUGAACCCGUUUUCCCUAAUCUAACUGAGUGCAUGUACCUCUUGUUAUGUUUGCCAUUUAGUAACGCAUCAGCCGAGAGGGUAUUUAGUCAUUUGAAGGAAGUCAAGGAUGAUAAGCAAAAUCGGCAGGAGACUCCUACUACUGAUGCAAUUCUCAAAGCAAAUUUUGGAUGUUGA